AUGUUGUUUUGUCCGAAAGAGCUUGCUCGGGCUCGCCUCCAGGCCCUGCUCCGGAGCCCCGGCCAUUUACAUCGGACUUUUCGGACGCCUAACAAUCGGCAUACUUUGCGGUGCGCUUUGAACCACACCUCGACAGCUGUCCAGCAAAGUCAAGAACAACACCAGUCCCGAAUCGCAAAUAAUACCCCGGAGGGUGACUCGCAAAAACAUGGCGUUUUAUCUGCAUCAUCUGCGGACGCUGGCGCUCCUCGCACAUCUAACAAGGUCACGGGCCCGCGGUUAGUCUCCAAACGAUCAAUCAAAAAUAUCAUGACCGCGAAUGGUCUCGAUCCCUCAGACGCUUCGACAGUACAGCAACGGCUCAAUUUCGAAAUUCAACGCGAGAAAAGAAAUUUGAGUAAAAGCUCGAUUGCCAUAGCAGCUAUCACUCGGGGGAGGUCUUUAUACAAUGCCUCUGGUAAUUCGCUUCGUACAUGGCAACGGGCCUACGAAGAACUCUACAAGGCAAAACAUUACCAACGCCAAAUCAACAGCGACAACAUCAUACCCUCUCUGAACCCGACUGGGGAGAAGAUACUUGCAAAGAUUCAAGAAGAUUGCAAUGGCGCUUUUCGGAAAUUCUGGGAAACUUGCAGGCGGGAUGUCAAAGCCCAGCAUUGGCAGCCUCUGGCGUUCUGGCUGCUGCAGAACGAUCCCAAGCUUUUCCUGAACUUCUUGAUUGUCACAAUGAAGGGCAAAGAUACACCGGAUUUCACAAUGGUCACGGACUCGCUUCUGUACAUUGACAAUUUCUACUAUGAGGAAUUGAAAGACUGGACGACCGGGCCCCGUUCGCACGGAUACUCCUGGAUGAUUGAGUAUUGUCUGCGACCAGCCACUUGGCCAAUCAUCUCACCACCGCAGAAGGGCAUUCGCCUUUACAUUCGACGAGCUCGUCCCUAUGGGGUCCGAUUGGCUUUCCGCACGCUGAAAGCAAGAGGAGUCCAAUGGCAAGCGGAAACCCAGCUGUGUUUCGUCUACAGAUUCACUCAAUUGGGUGAUGUCGAUCGGGCACUCAAGGCGCUCAAACUUCUUCCGCGACUGAAUGAUCCCACUUUUACAAUGAACUCGCAAGGCGUUCUCCGGCACUGCUGCAAACUUCUGACAUUGGACACCGUCGAGGACGGUGAAUCAGGCCGCAAUUUCCGCAUUCUACCACAGCUCCUGGAGAUGGGAGUACGUCCGGACCGAGAUAUGAUGAAUGUGGUUCUCUCCAAUGCCUACAAGACCGGUGACCACCAACUUGGUGCCGACAUGCUUCAAUUCAUGACGAGUCAAGAUUACAAAUUUGACUCAUAUACCUACGUUACACUACUCACAGACGCUGUUUCUCGUGGGGAUCAAUCACGUGUGCAUGAGCUUAUUCGAGAAGUUGAUGCGCAGGAGGAGAUUCGCAAAAACCCAUACGUCGCAAACAAAAUCUUCCAUUCGCAUUAUGUCUUCACUGCCAAGAACUUGGACGCCGAUGCUGACCCAUCGGGUGUCUUUUACGCUAUGCUCGACAUGUAUAACAAACUUCAUGAUAUUACUCCGCUCAAAGAACUCCUCAUCAUUCCUCCUCAUUAUACGCCUCGAGAAGACGGUGCGAACACCCCACCCACUCCCAUGGCCUUGUACAUCAUGAUCGCAACAUACUUCCGUUGCGGCAGCUCCGUCAUGAAUGUGCAACGCAUCUAUCAAAGGUUUCACGAACUUGUCAGGAAAGGCCAUCCAACAAUAGCUCCCUUGGCGGGCACGGACCACACAUACAACGAAUUCCUAAUCGCUCUCCGCAAAAGCUCGCGUGCCAUGCAUACUUGCGUCCGCAUAGUAGAAGACAUGCUGCACGCUUCUAGCAACGGGCCUGUGACACAUACGAAACCAAGCUAUCGCACCUGGGCCAUCCUUCUCAGCGUUUUCCUGUGGCAUCGGCGGCCUGCUGCUGCGGAGAAGAUUCGAGAGAUGAUGGCCAAGCACCAAGUACCUUACAAUGACGUGACCUGGAAUCUGAUCAUCAACGGCUACGCCAACGCACAACAAGUGCAGGAAACUGCCGCUGCUAUGAAGGCUAUGGAAGCCGAAGGAUUCGCUCUCGAUUCAUACACCAUGAAGUCUCUGCGGUACCUUCGGGAUCCAGAACGUCUAUGGGUUGCCGUCGAUGAGCUUGACCGGGCUGCGCAGGAUGCCGAGUCUGCGAGAUUCGCCUCGGCGGAGAAAAGUGGACCUGUUGAGAAGAGCCCACAAGACGACUUGAUGGAGGAAGGGUUGCGGAAACUUGGAGAUAAAACCAAGUCGAAACCUUGA